CUAUUGUCAUGCCAUCAUCGUCACCGUCCUUUGUUUCCUAUAUUUCACUGCCAUUGAUUUCACUGAUAGCUGCUCUAUGUGGAGUCUUUUAUUAUAUCACUGUGUAUCAGGAAUUAUCAGCACUUUCCCUAAAUGUUAAGAAAAGUGUUGCUGAAUUUUCGGUUGCAACCAAUUUUGCGUGGGAGCAAAUCGCCACACUAAAUGAGCUUCAUUUAGUUUCGAAACGCGGCAUCUCCAAAAAAUCAGUUUUUGUUGACCGAAUUUUCCGUUCCCCAUUCAAUCAAAUAGCUACCCUACCACCAUGGUGCCAAUGUGAGCCUAUUCGCCCAAAAUGCCCACCUGGCCCACCGGGACCUCCCGGCUGUAGAGGAGAACCAGGACCUUCAGGCCUACCCGGAAGGCGUGGAAUCAACAAUUAUGAGACUUUGCCAUUAAAGAAGUGUAUUUGGAGGGAAAGAUUGGCGUGUAUCAUGUGCCCAAGAGGGCCGCCGGGAAGAAGAGGGCGAAUGGGAGAUGAUGGGGAACCAGGGGCGCCGGGCAGGCGUGGAUUGUCAGGAACUUUCUUGACAGGAAUCAAAAAGUUGAGAGGACCACCGGGGGAACCCGGGGAACCUGGUAGACCUGGAACCCCUGGGACACCGGGAAACGAUGGCAAAGAUGGGCGUAAUGGCUACCGGCUUAGACCGGACAAAAUAACUAGAGGCCCGCCUGGACCCAUGGGCGCUCGAGGUGAACCGGGCCAUCGAGGUCUUCCAGGAGAUAAUGGAAUGCCAGGGCCAAUGGGGCCGCCGGGUUACCGAGGAGACAACGGAAGACGUGGGGCGCCGGGGCUGCCCGGUAGAACUGGAAGACAUGGAAAACCCGGUGGAGAUUCAUCAUAUUGUCCGUGUCCUCCACGCUCGUUGAUAGUGGAAAGUUUUAAAAAGAUUUGAACAAAUGUGGUUUUAAAGAAAAAAAUUCAUUUGUGUAUUUUAUUUAAAUAAAAUAUUUUUUGAUACUAAAA